AGAAAUAUUCGUUGAAAUAUUUCCAGCGUGUGUCGUGACACCAUUUGGUUCAACGGCCACCGGACUUGGUUUGAAAGGAGCUGACAUAGAUCUAUGUCUUUUGGUGGAUCCUGAAGCGUUGAACCUCGUCCUGGACCAAGACGACAGCUUGCGAAGCUCGUCUGAUUUGACCCACCAAUUGCUGGAAUUUAUUGUUAAAAUUCUUCGGCAGUUUGCUGCAGGGUUUCAGAAUGUUAUUAGCGUUAGCACAGCAAAAUGUCCCGUCGUAAAGUUUAUUCACCGUGAUUCUGGGUUAUCUUGUGACCUUAGUAUCAAUAACAGGUACAGUAAAACAUUGCGAUUUUGGGCCUUUCGCCCGAUAGAACUAAUAGUAUAUGGUUUUUUUGUAGAUGGAGUUUUCGAGUGGAAUAUGCCCUAUAGUAUUUUGGAAUACAUUAAAUUCAGCAUUAGGGCAUGGAUUUCACUAUAAGCUCUUUAAUACAGGAGUUGGUCGUCAAAGUGAUCAGAGUAAAAAAUAAUUUUCAGUAUAUAAUUAUGUAGUUGUCUUGUGUUUUAAUGCAAAUAAAUAGAGAUGCAAUUUGCCUGCACUUCAAUUGAUUGUCAUUUGCUAUUUCUGGGAAAGUACAGCAUAAGAAAUGGUUUGAAAUGGAAUGAUCAUAUCAACUAUGUUACUAAAAAGCAGCAAAACAUUUAUAUAUCUGCUCAAACAACUUAAACUCCAUGUGGAAACAAAAUAAUCUUGUUUGCUUUUAUUGUGUUAUAAUAGGAUCAGUUCUCGAAUACUCAUAUUAAUAAGUCUUCCAUUCCCAUAGGUGUACGGACUACGGGGCUGAUGCUUUCCAGGGAGGGGGCAGUUGAAAGUUUUCCCGAAUUGUUAUGGAGGAUUGUAAUGAAAUUACAUGAAUUUAUCCUAUUUUCUGAUAAAUAUGCCCAAAUUUUCUUGAUUUUUCCAAGCAUUUGCCAGAAUUUGCAUGGUUUUCCAAAAUUGGGGGGGGGGGCAGUUGCCCCCUGCCCCCCUGCCACAUACGCCUAUGUCCAUUCCAGUCUACCAAAGUAUCUAUCAGAUGAACUGGAACGUUUUCAAAAAAGAGUAAUGGGCACUACAUUUCCUGGAGACCAUACGGUAAUGCAAUUGUAAAAACUGAUAUUUCAACCUCGUAAAUUUGAUAGCCGAGAAUUCCUCUGCAAGACGUUUUCCAAGAGAUAGUAACUAUAAACUAGCUCACCUAUUACCUGCAAGAGCUAGUGCAAUUCACAUUCAGUUAAGGACAAAGAACAUUUUGUGAGGUAGUAUAUAUUCCUGAACAGUACCUUUUACUGAUUAAAAUAAACGUAAAUUUGAAAAGGUAAACUGAAAGGCACAAAUUUACAAUUUUGCAUGCAUAACGAAAAACAAGAACUUAUAUUACAACCGAAACUAAUGUUGCCGUAUGUGUAGCUGGCGGUUUUAAGGGGUUGCAUGGGGGUUCAGUCAAAACUAAGCUAACAUAUGCUAUACCAUUACAGAUUGGCAAUCAGAAAUACGGAGCUCAUUAAAUCCUACGUUUCUUUGGACGACCGCAUACGACCACUCGCCAUCACGCUGAAGAACUGGGGCGCAGCGAAACGUCUGACCGGAAGUGGUGGCCGUCAAAUAUCAAAUUAUUGCCUCGUUCUUAUGCUGUUUCAUUUCCUACAGCGCACACGUCAACCAGUUAUUCCUGUGCUGCAGUUGCGACGUGAAAGUGAGGCAAUGUUAAUGGGAGAUGCUGCAGCUGCUGAGAAAAUGAUCAUUGAAGGAUGGGACUGCAGUUUUAUGUCAACAGCAGUAGAGAUAAGCCAAAACAAAGAUUCGUUGGGUAAGUGCUGAAUUGUGAAAGAUCUUUGCAAUUUUGUUAUGGCAUAGUCUAUCGAGAUAUGAUGGUCUGGAAACUAAACAGAAGUGUUUGUUAGCUAUAUGUUUUUGUCUGAGUUGAUGUUAAAUUGUGCACAGUCACGGUGAUUGAGCUCACUGUAUUUUCGUAUUUUUAAGUAACCGUUCAAUAGGGAUAGCUGUGAUGAAACUUGCAGCCACGAUGAAAAAUAUUUAAUGAAGUUGAGACAAAGGAUUUGUUCACGGUGAGAGACAGUUCACAACAUCAAACAAAGGUCUUCUAUUUUGUAGCUUUGAAGUUUGCCAUUCUGCCAGACCAUCAAAUCUUCACAGACUAUGGUUAUGGAUAGUCCCUUCAUUUGACUUAUUUCACUCCAAUCUCUCUGUCUGUGUCUUUGUACUCCAGGUAUUUUUUGUUGACAGGUGAAAAUGAUGUUGUGCUGCCCACAUUGAACAGUGUUUUACCCCACUAAAUAAAAUUGAUAAUAUCUGAUAACAUAAUUGUCACAGUGUUAUUUAACUAUAUCACGACUGAAACAUUGAACAAUCAUGUUAUCAACACCCAACAUGGUUAUUCUGUCAUUACUUUUUCUCCUGUUUCAUCAAUCUUGAACAAUUAUUUAUGGGUGAAACAAUAUUGAACAAUAUUCUCGGUUUCAAUAUUGACAAUAUUUUUUGCAAUAUUAUUAAGCCAACAAUGUCGUGUGCACGAAGUGUUUUCGAUUUUUCGCUUUAUAAUUCCAGAUCAAUAUUAGACAAUUCUGUUUCGAAAUUAAACACCAUGCAGGACGAGCCGACGGUACCUAAAAUGUUACGUGUGUAUAAAAAUACUUUAAUUUUGCGUUAGUUUGAUGGUUAACUUGGUUUCUAACAGCAAAAUAUUUUACAGUUUCGCAACCACGACCGAGAUUUAGAUGUGCAUCUGCACCGCAAGCUAAAUAAUGUGCUCGCUCAAAAACGUGUAUACAAUUUAGAUAUAUUUACGAUCGCCAGACAAUGAAUUUGUUUGAAUGAAUUUUAUAUAUGCGGUAUUUCAUUUUUACAUAUCCAUUCCAGUAGAUAUAUAUUUCGGUAGAUAUUGUGAUCACCCCUCAGUUCGCCACCAUUUUCUCCUGAAUGUUGGCUGGGGCUUCCUUGACUUCCUUAGAUUUUUUACACCAGAAGCCUCUGCGUAAGAGAGAGCCGCUGGCGCAGAUCGUUCGAGAUUAUAUCUUCCAGAUGCUCUAUAAUCUGACAAUUGUACGAACGCAACCUCGUUCCCAGAAUCGUCCCUCUUAUGGACGUAUGAGAGAGCCUGGGAACGACGUUGGUACAUUAACGCUUUAUCGACUUAACGAAUUGGGUGAGGAAAUCGCAGUAACAAAAUUAGAACAGAGUUGGAUGGCGUAAAUAUCGAGCGUGCAUGUAACGGUAACAUUUUCUUCUAUUUCAUCCUUACGUCGUGUUUUUUCUUUUAUCUUUUGUAGGAACAUUGUUAAAAGACUGGUUUCAUUAUUACGGAACAUCAUUUGACUAUGUGAAUGAAGUUAUUACAAUCCAACAUGAUUUAAAUCAACGUGUAUUGAAAGCAAGUAUCGAGGAGAGUGUAUCGCAAGUUUCCGUAAAAUCCACCAUAUUUAGACCGUCUGCCUUAUGUGUACAAGAUCCAUUUGAAUUAUCCCACAACUUAACACAGAAUGUUUCAGCAGAGACUCUUCAAAGCUUUGUCCAAUCAUGCCGAGAAGCAUAUACUAUUUUGUCAAAUAAUUCAGAGCAGACUGUGGACGGUUGUGUAACGAAAACGAGUGCUUUUAUUGAACUUUUUACCCUACCAGCUGAUACUAACCAAAGGUCGAGGAAAUCAUUUUAUUCAUUUACGAUUCCUUAUGUAAAAAGCGCAACAUUUCCCUACACUCCACUACAGCAGACAUGUAAGUUUAUCGCAGACUUAUUGAACAACGAGUUACAGAUUAUAUGUGAAUUUCAGGCGGACAAAAGAGCAGACGAGUGUACACCAACAGAAAAUGUGAUUUCGAACGUCGAGUCAUUAACUGGUGAAAACGAAAUAGGUGAUGAUAGCAUGUGCGUCGAUGAAGAUGUUGCGAUUAACGAGGAAUUUUCAUUAGUAUCUCGUAAGCGGCCACAUGAGGGGGAAAGUUCCAAUGAUCUUGGUGUCAAAAGGAUGAAAAGUAACAACGAAAGUGGAAACACGACGUUUACUUUCCUGUGCAAAGCUACACAGAUUACGUGGAAAAAUCGACGACGGCAGAGACGAAUACACACGGCAAACGAUGAAGCGGUGAAUAAUACCGAACAUUGCGGACAUGAAUGUGCAGUAACAAAAGAGGCGAAUAGUCUUGGAGAAGAAACAACACAAAGUGGGGAACAAAACCAACAAUCGUUUUUACAGAACGUGUCGGAUAAAUCAAAUACCAGUACCUCGCGCAUGGAAGUGUCUUCGCCCGAUAUUAAUACAAAUAUUGGACACAACACUUUCAGCGUUCUACCUGUGAUUGAGUUUAAACUAACGAUAAGUGAACUUACUGACAAAGGGUCAAGUCCAAGCGCUCAUCAACAGUGUAAUGUUGUGUUGACCCAUUCGGGAGGGUCCUUGCAACAUUUUGCUAAUUUUUAUGCAUUCUUUAAGAAAUUUGUUGUACAUAACGUUGCUCAUGAAUGUGUGUAAGAAAUACAAUUUUCUGUAAGUUUAGUCCUGCAACUAUUUUAUCAAGGUCGUCACAACACAUAUUCUAUGUAAUUGCUUGAUUUCCUCCAUUUUGGGUGGCAAAGCUAAAUGAAAACAUCACAAAGUCAAUUAGCAGCCAAAAUUCUGCUGCAGGUUUACUUCGGUAGAGCAGAAUCAGCCCAGAAAAUGUGUCCAUCACUUAAAGUUCGUCUAACUUUGCUAUCAAGCGAUUUAUUGUGUAGCUCAUUAUAUAUGCAGAUUCCGAUGUUUAUGUCAUUGUUGACGUAAUGGGGAUAUGGAUGUGAUUCCGCUGCAGGUCUGUUUUCAUGCAUCCCAUAGGAAAAUCUAGCUCGGGACUGUCGAAGUGUAGUAUUUUAAGUGGAUAUGUAAUAUCUGCAGUUCAGUAUAAAACAACAUACACACAAGAUAUAGAAAUGCAAAGCCAAAAUAUCAUAGACAUAGUGUUUCAACAUACGUCAGUGUCGUGUCAGUUAACUGUAUGGAAACUUAUCAAUAUCCAACGUCAACAAACCUUGUAAUGCGUACUAUCCUAGACUGUACAAUUUAAAGAAAAUUAUUAACAGGUAUUAGACAUUAAUCCGGUCCUAAAACAUAGUCCUCUUUACAUACCUUCAUUACAUGCGCGGUAUUACAGAAAGGCGA